AUGACUGCACCAAAGGACCACGGUGCUCGUCAAAGCUUCUGGGGCAAAUUUCUCCGCACCCUGAUGGGCAAGCUCGAAGAAUGGCUGCUCCCCAUUCGCAUGCGCAUCGGCAACAAGAUCAUGUACGAUGAGCAGCGGAAAAUUGUUCAAGUGUCGGGCCGGAAAUUGAUCAAAGGGCCAUGUUCGCAGCAGGAAUUGGAAGCCAUGCAGUAUGCCGCCUCACGCACGUCGGUGCCUUUACCCCGUAUCCAUCGGACAUAUCAGUUACGCCAAGGAUUGUUCAUCGCCAUGGACUACAUUCAGGGUGAAUCCCUCGAGGACUUGUGGGCUCGUCUGGCUGAUGAGGAGAAGCGGAAAACUGUUGCCCAGUUGUGGGACAGUGUGAAGCAACUUCAUGCGUGUCAUCCGCCAUCUCAGCUUAGUGGCGUUACUGCAGCAUCAAUUGGGGGGGGACCAGUCCGGGACGGAGCACUCGGUGUGGAAGAUGAUGGACCAUCCGGGCUUGGUCCAUUCAUCGACUCGAGUGAUUUCUUAUCCGUCCUCGAUGAGAGGACCGACUUUGCAGAGUUCCAUCGCCAGCCCGACCGAGUCGGUUUUGUUCAUGCAGAUAUAUGCCCGCGGAAUAUCAUCCGAACCGCAGAUGGCAAAUUGUAUCUUAUUGACUGGGAGUUUGCCGGAUGGUGGCCGUUAUGUAAAGAAAAAUCCCCCUCUUGCUUUGACCCGGGAAACAUGUUGCUAAAGAGCUAUGCAGAUUGGGAGCGCAUGAAGUGGCACUUUGCGGAUUUUCCGCCAAUGCCGGAUUUUAUUAGUCUCAUGGACGAGUUUUCGGCUGAGGAGUCUGGACAAGCCAUCAAAUAG